CUCAACGACGCCAACCUCUGUCCCGGUUUCGCCUUUGUCUCCACUCCAUCCAAGGGCGACAAGAAGGUGGGAACGAAGGAGGCAGUUGAUGGUGGCCUGUAUCCGGUGGGGGGAAUUCCCAAACCUACGAAAAGCAGCAGCACGGGGGCUCGCUCGUGCGCCGUCAACUGGACCAAGAUCGAGAUGUGCAUCGAGUGCAAGGCGGAGUCGGUCGGCGAUGAUCCCUUCGAUGAAAGCAAACCCAACAACGCUCCCGACGCUGAAAAACGUCAGCACAAUCUCGGCCAGAUUCUGGCCUACGCUCAGCUUGUCUACGACAACCAGCAGCGUACGCAUCAGUUCAUGCUCCUCUUCCUCGGGACGCUCGCCCGCAUUGUCUACAUUGAUCGCUCCGGGAUCUUCGCUACCCAGAAGUUCGACUACAAGGCGGAUGCAACCUAUGUUGUCGAAUUUCUCUGGCGCUUCGCCCGUCUCCGGGACCAGACGAAGCGGGGACACGACACUACUGCCGAGCGCAUUCCGCACCACAGCACGCUCGGAAGGAAGAUGAAGAAGAUCGCGGAGAAGGUCGCCGACGAUUCCAAAGACUACGCGCACGUGCAGUUCAAGAAAUCGCUGGGCUCCUCUUCGGUUUGGUGGCGUCUGACUGUCAAGGACGAGUUCGCCAAGGGGGAGGAGCGGACGUUCCUCGUUGGACAGCCCCACUUCAAUGCCCCCGGGGUGUCCGGGCGCGGUACGCGGGGGUACAUCGCUCUCGACUAUGACCAGCUCGACAAUCCUGCACCCAAGUUCGUCUAUCUCAAAGAUGCAUGGCGGGUCGUCCACGAGGAUAUCGACAAAGAAGGCGACACCCUGCGCACCCUCAACAGCGCGAAAGUACUCUAUGUCCCGACGGUGUUGCAUCAUGGGGACCUUGGCCAGUUCACUCGUAGCCCUGAGCUCUGGGUCACAUAUCAUCGUGACGUCGCUCCUGACACGCGCUGCCCGCUGAAGAAGCAUUCGCACUACCGGCUUGUGGUGAAGGAAGUCGGGAGACCUUUGGAGGAUUUCUACAAUGGCCAGGGGCUUGUCAAUGCCAUAUAUUGCUGCGUACACGCGCACUCGGAGGCCUACGCAAAAGGGAUCAUCCAUCGGGAUAUCAGCGUUGGCAACAUGCUGCUUUACACCAACGAGAAGAACAUUGAAUGCGGACUGCUUAACGACUGGGAGCUAUCGAAGCACGUAGAUGAUGAGAGUCCCGAAGGGCGACAGCUCGAUCGCACGGGCACUUGGGAAUUCCUCUCCGUGUUUGCCCACCACGAACCAGAGAAGACGAUCCUGGUUCCGGAUGAGCUCGAAUCAUUCUUUCACGCCCUUCUCUACAUGGCGAUACGCUUCCUUCCCCACAACUGCCAGAACGUUGGUGCUUUCAUCCACGACUACUUCGAAGACUACCUGCAAGUGUCCAAUGGGGACUAUCGAUGCGGUCCCGCCAAGAAAAGAGCUAUCAAUGUCGGUCACAUU